CUGCUUUACGAGGUCACUGAAGGGUUAAAUAUGUUAUAUGAACUGUUAUGGGCUUGAAUAAAUACGUACCAUUCUGUGCCGGGUACCUUUAUCUGUUCAUACAAUACAAGGCUUGUAUGUGUCUCCUUUUCAGGGACAGCUACAUUCCAGACCAAAUCUGUUAUCUCUACUUCUGUGUGAUUAACAACUUUUCUUAGAGGUUUUAAGACGUUUGCAGAAAACCCAUAUAUGGACAUCCGCCUGAUGCACAAUCUUUUGUAUUCUGCCUGGUAACUACUAACGAGCCAAUAAGAGUGUAACAACAUGUCAGUUACACCCAUGUACGUUGUCUUUAUAUACCUUUGUUAACCUUAUAAUAAAGCAGAGUGACUCUUAACCCUCAACUGUGUGUUGUCUGUAUGGGGUUAGGAGCUGCUUUCACUGGUACCAGAGAUGAUUACAUCGAGGAGGCACAAAAAGGGUUAAAUCCCUUCAGCUGGGGGCUAGGUCCGGUAUCUAGGCGAUCGUCCCCUGCCCGGUAAGAUAGAGAAUUUUAUUGUCUGUCUUUUCCGUUCAGGGAUUGCGAUUACUACUAGAUCUGAACUCAUUCCGUGUUCCGGGAACACGUGACCAAAAAUACAAUCCAAGUCCGGGACUUGGCAGAAAAGAAACUUGUUUUCUUAAAGGCGCCGGGCGCCACAUAAAGGUAUCAGGGAUACCAAUCUUUAAAGGCAAAGGUAUCAGGGAUACCAAUACAAGGACCAGGGGUCCACGAAAUCUUUAAAAGGCACAGGUAUCCGGGAUACCAUAGAUGGACCAGAAAUCCAAAUAACAACGCCUCCUCGAUUUGAUCACCUAAAUGUUUGAACCGACACAUCCUUUUCAAGUCGGAGACAAAGUCGUUGUAAAAGUGCUCCCGAGGAAUGAAGGUCCAGGAGAUUUCACCUAUGGUCCAGAGACGGAAGUCGUGGCAGUGACCAGGACGGCUGUCCUUACUGAAGACGGGCCCACGUGGAUACACGCAUCCCGAGUAAAGAAGAUACCCAGCCCAAACCGCGAAGCAAGUCGAGGAGAUUCCAGCGAGGUACUAACCGGGGCAGACAGCCCUGACCUCCAACAUGGAGAAGCAGACGAUGCAGAAAAAGAACAAGAUGCCUACCUAUGGCCAGGGGACUAUGUUGACAAUCCUAAUGGUCCUCACUUGCCAAGCUACAGCUGAAGUAGACAUUACACAAAACUCUGGCAUUUACACAUUCUGGUACAACUCCUCCAACACUGAGGUUGCUACUUAUAAAAUAGACUUUUGCAAUUUUGGCCCAUGCCUCAGAAAACAUUAUGAAUGGGGAUGUGACCAGUAUGGAACACGUAAUACCCCCAAUGAAGCUUAUAUUUGUGUUACUAGUAAAUAUUGGGGAAAUAAAUGUGCGUAUUGGGGAUCAGUGGGAUGGAAUUCUGGUCAUAGUUACGGAUACCAGCCCAAGGAGGCUCUCUCAAGUAAAGACAAAUAUGGUGAGUCCCUGCUUACCCGUCUUACCCUUUAUAGACAAAACAGAUGUGAUAGUAAAUUCAUAUUAAGCAUAAGACAUCCCCAGUCUACUGAUGCAGGCACCUAUGUCCUGGGUGAAUCCUUUUUUAUAAAUCCAUCCCUUACACAAUUCUUGUUACAGGAUAUGUUUAACAAUGAAAAGUAUGCCCAGCUCAAGUCCCCUAAACCACGCCCCAACCUCUUGAGACCUCAUAUAACCACCUUCCAGUUAAUGAUUGCUAUAGACAACCCCACUUUUGAAGGCACUAUGGCCAUUGAAACUGGGUUUUCAGAUAUUAAUCUUUGGGUAGAAUGGAUGAGAUAUAAUGCCAAGAAACAUAAUAUGACUAAUUGUUAUGUAUGUGGUAAAUCUAGACCCCAUCUGGGAACAGUCCCUCUAAAUAUCCCCUUAGACCAAGAAAGCUGUUUCUUUAGUUUAUACAAUGACACAGAAACUAAUGAAGGUUCCCCUACCUCAAACACUGCUCCCACACAUAGAAGAAAAAGGGAAACUCCAGUAGGUAGCUUCGAUCCACAUGUUUAUAUUGACACAAUUUGGGUCCCAAGAGGGGUGCCAGACGAAUUCAAAGCUAGAGAUGAAGUAGCUGCAGGAUUUGAAUCCUUAAUCCCUAUAAUAACUGUCAAUAAGAAUGUUGCAUGGAUCAAUUAUAUCUACUAUAAUCAGCAGAGAUUUGUAAAUGACACAAAAGAUGCUCUUAAGGGUCUUUCUGAGCAACUAGAAGCCACUUCCCAGAUGACAUUCCAAAACCAAAUGGCCCUUGAUAUGAUACUAGCAAAAAAGGUGGUACUUGUGUUUACAUUAGUAAGGUAGAAGGGUGUUGUACCUAUAUACCUGACAAUACUGGCCCUAAUGGUAAAGUUACCUUAGCCAUAAAGAAACUAGAUGAUUUAUCCAUAGAGCUAAAAAAGAAUUCAGGUAUUGAUAAUCCAUGGAGCCAAUACUUUGGUUGGUUUGAAAAUUGGAAACAGGGUCUUGUUCAACUAGGAAUCUACAUAUUGAUUGUGAUAGUAAUUUUGUGUGUUGUUUUCUUUUGCAUUAUACCCUGCUGCAUAAAAACUCGCCACAAAAGGUAUUGAAAACUCGCUUAUGUAUGAAGCCGUCCUUACAAUCCCUCCUAACUCCCCUGCAGCCUAUAAGCAAUACCUAACUGAAUAUAGAAAUAAAAAGCUCUAUGAAAAGAAUCAUGUUAUAUAAAUAUAUGAUUCUAAGAGGGGAUUGAAGGGUUAAAUAUGUUAUAUGAACUGUUAUGGGCUUGAAUAAAUACGUACCAUUCUGUGCCGGGUACCUUUAUCUGUUCAUACAAUACAAGGCUUGUAUGUGUCUCCUUUUCAGGGACAGCUACAUUCCAGACCAAAUCUGUUAUCUCUACUUCUGUGUGAUUAACAACUUUUCUUAGAGGUUUUAAGACGUUUGCAGAAAACCCAUAUAUGGACAUCCGCCUGAUGCACAAUCUUUUGUAUUCUGCCUGGUAACUACUAACGAGCCAAUAAGAGUGUAACAACAUGUCAGUUACACCCAUGUACGUUGUCUUUAUAUACCUUUGUUAACCUUAUAAUAAAGCAGAGUGACUCUUAACCCUCAA